AUGAGUGCUGCCGAGCUAUCGUCAGUGUCAAAAUGGAUUAAUGAUGAUGUUCGCCCCGUCGAGAAGGAAAGGCGAACAUGGACACUCAGAUCCUAUCAUGAUUUUUGGCUUGUCAUCAACUGCAAUACAACGACCUUCAUCACCGGAAGUGCCCUCAUUCCACUGGGCCUUUCUUGGUGGCAAGCCGUCAUCUGCAUCGUCGUUGGCAAUUUGAUCGCUUUGGCUGCAGUUCUUGCCAAUUCCAUAGCAGGAUCUCGAUAUCACAUUGGGUUUCCCGUCAUCAGUAGAUCGAUCUGGGGUAUGUGGGGUUCCCAGUUCACCAUUUGGAACCGUAUAUUCCUUUCAAUAGGCGGACAGUGCUUUCAUCUGAUUGUCCUGGCAUUGGACCCCAAAGUCGAUCAACACGUGCACAAUACCAUGCCGACCGGUUCUCAUUUGACGACAGCACGCUUCAUGUCCUAUGUAAUUUUCUUCGUCAUCAGUCUCCCGUUCAUUUGGAUUCGGCCACACCGACUGCAGUGGUUUUUGAACAGCACAUCCCUCGUCGCGCUCGUCUUCUACAUUACACUUUUGAUCUGGGCCCUGUCGACAAUGGGACCGAGUGGAUUCGGAAGUACAAUCACAGAAGACAAGCCAAAUCCUCCUAGCGGCCCCAACAGCACUGCGUGGGUCAUGGUUUCUGGCAUUGUUGCAACUGUCGGUUCGAUAGCAGCCGGAAUCCUCAACCAAAACGAUUACACACGUCUGGCUCGCUCAUCUCGAGACGCAAAAUGGGGCCAGGUUAUUGCGUACCCAAUCUAUAGUAUUGGCACUUCCAUCGUUGGCAUCUUGGUCGUAGCCGCCACGCAGGAUCGCCUCGGCAAGGAGCACUGGUAUCUUCCGGGACUUCUGGCGCGUCUUGUCCGCAAGAAUCCUACGCCGGCAGCUCGCGCUGGCGUCUUCUUUUCGGGACUGGCUUUGACAUUUUCCCAGCUGGGAAGCAAUGUACUCGGCAAUGCGUUGGCAGGUGGUAUUGAUCUGGCGGCCGUCUUUCCGCGAUAUCUCAAUAUUCGCCGAGGUGCUUACAUCACUGCGAUACUGAGUCCAAUUGUGAAUCCAUGGCGAAUGGUAGACACGGCGACAGUCUUCAUCUCAGUCAUGUCGGGCUAUGGCGUUUUUCUGGCGCCCAUGACAGGCAUGAUGGUGGCGAGCUAUUAUGUGGUGCACCGGCAGAAAUUGGAUGUCGACGACCUGUUCCGGGGCAACUCGUCAAGCAAGUACUGGUAUAGCAGAGGCAUCAACUGGAGAGCACCCGUAUCCUGGGCUAUCGGCGUAGGCCCGUGUGUGCCAGGAUUUGUGACCUCAGUCAAUAGCUCGGUCAAUGUGCCGGACAGCAUUCGAGAGCUGUACAUGACAAACUAUCUGUAUGGAUUUUUUUCGAGCGCUCUUGUAUUCGUGGCGCUACAUGCUAUUUUCCCGGUGCGCGUCGUCGAUGAGUUUGUCAAGAACGAAAUGUCAGCUGCAGAACUGCAACAGUACUACAGCGACCGGUGGGAUGUAAGCUUGGCGGAAUCGGAGCGGAUAGUGGCGAACUUUAUUCAGGAAGAGGACAAGAAUGAAGAACGCCGAACUGUCGGUCGUCAAACGGAGACGGGAUCUGAAGCAGAAACCAAAGAGAUGCGAAGACGGGUGGCUUAUGCAGAAGUUUAG